AUGAAUUUUAGAGAAAACUGGUUCGGUGACUGGGAUACAGAGCAACUUUACGCUGAAUUGGUGGAUGGCUGCGACGAUUGCGCAAUUACUUCGCCCGUUGUGAAGAGUGGUAUGGUGUGUGGCCCUAUCCUACGAUUGAGAAAAGUUGAUUACGACGAAAACGUUUACUAUGGUUCUAUACUGGUGGUACUUAAGGGUCCUGCGGCUGAGGGCCCAAAAAUUGCGUACACGACAGGCCCUGCAUCUGAGCAGAGUGAGGAGAGCUUGGAGCUGAAAUUAAAAGACGGUGUCUUUGAAUCUACAAUGUUUCACAGAGAGGUUUGGGAUGACGAAAAUAUCAGCUUUUUCAGAUACAAUAUUGCGUUACCUUUAACUGAGAAGGAACAAAUGGUAAAAUACGCUUUGGAUGGCGAAUCAAAGCCUCACUACCGCUUCUUUAUCCCUUCAGCCACCACUAACUUCAACACUAUCUCUUACUCCUGUAACGGUUUUUCUUUAUCUGUAGAUACUAAAAAAUUCAAAGGCUCUCUGUGGUUCGACAUUUUGAACAAACAUUCAAAAGUUCAUUACAACGUUAUGCUAGGUGGUGGUGACCAGAUCUAUUCUGACGGCAUUACGAUUUAUUGUGAGAAAGUUAAGGAAUGGAGUCAUAAAAACGAUUUGUUGCAAAAACGUACUAUGAAAGUUGAUGGCGAGUUUAAGAAGCAAUUAGACGAUUUCUAUUUGAAAGAGUACAUUGAAUGGUACGGCUAUGGUCAUUGGAAGGGCUCAACAGAUGAUUCUAAGACUACUCAAAGAUGUUUACCCAUUGCAAUGGCAACAAUUCCCUCCGUCAAUAUUUGGGAUGAUCAUGACAUCAUAGAUGGGUUCGGGUCUUAUUCCGAUGGGUUCAUGAAAUCUGACGUGUUUUCGUCUAUAGGGAAAGCUGCUUACAAGUAUUACAUGCUUUUCCAACACCAUGUCAGUAUAGAGGAGAGUGAGGCCUAUUUGAAGGACCCCAUAUGGUUACUUGGAAAUCGUCCUGGCCCAUAUAUCGGUGAGCGUUCGCAUUCUGUUUUCACUCGUUUGGGACCAACAAUGGGGUUAUUGGGACUUGACUGUAGAACAGAACGGAAAUUAGCGCAAAUCGUUACGGAUGAAACAUAUGAUAUAGUCUUCAAAAAAAUGGAAGAAGAGGCUAAAAAAUCAAAUAUGGACCAUCUGUUAGUAAUGCUCGGCGUUCCUAUUGCAUAUCCAAGAUUAGUACUAUUAGAAUGGCUUUUCACAUCGAGACUACUUCAUCCUCUUAAAAUAUUGUCUAGAAAAGGAAUUAUAGCGGGCGGGUUGGUCAAUAAGUUCAAUGGUGACAUCGAGCUUUUAGAUGAUUUGGAUGAUCAUUGGUGCGCCAGACAUCAUAAGAAGGAACGCAAUGGACUGAUGGCCAGAUUACAAGAUUUUGGAGCAAAAUACUCAACAAGAAUCACAAUUCUCUCCGGAGACGUGCAUUUGGCGUCCAUCGGUAGAUUCAAGAGUAAAAAACACAGACAUCACAUUUUUUCCUCAUCAGAACAUGACGCUGACAAUGCCAAAAUCGAGAACGAACCGGAAAAUGACCUUAGACUAAUGUUCAACGUCAUAUCCAGUGCUGUCGUGAAUACCCCACCACCGAACGCGAUGGCAGCACUAUUACAGUCCAAAGCGACAAUUCACCAUUUUGAUCACGAGACCGACGAAGACGCGGUUCCUAUUUUUAAAUAUGGUGUCGAUGAAAAGAGUAGAGCCAGUACCUGCUUCCUAAAUAGGAGAAAUUGGUCUGAUAUCCUUCCUGUUGAAAAUGCGUUGAACAACGAAUUUUUGAAGUCUCAAUUUAGAUCAAAUUUGCAAGAUCGUGUUGUUCCAGGAAUCGUCACCGGGGGAAAACCCUUAAAAAAAGUUGACCCGCAACAAGGUCAACCUAGUUCAGAAACAAAAGAAGGCUAUUCGGCAUAUCCAAUCACGGAGAAAGGCAUUCUAGUUUCCUUAUUUAUUGAAACGGAUCCCUUAAGUGCAAAAUCAUGCACGACAAGGUAUGCGUUACCCAUCCCGGAGUUGAAAGCCCAAUGCGACUCCUUGACACACAGUGGUCUAAAACAUUGGAAGUUAAAAUGA